UAGCUAAGCAAAAGUUUAUAAGUUGACUUCAAAGUUUCAUACAGAGUACUAGAAUAGUGAAUCAAACAAAAAGGAGCUCAAAGAAGAAAAAACAUACAGCAGCAGGAUGGGAAAGCUGGGCUGCUCUCCUGAUGGCUACUUGAAUGACUCGAAAUUCAGCGAGCCGAUGCCAUGGAUUGGAAUCUAUGUUGCAGCAGCAUCUGCAGUGUGUGCCUUGGCCAUGUCUUUAGAUGCAGUCCAUGCCUUUCGAUACAGGAAAUUCUGGUUCCCUUGCAGGUUUUUCUCUCUUAAUGCAACCACUUUGACUCUUAUUGCAGUGGCUGUUAAGCUCUCUGUGGAUCUCAACACCUCCAUGCCGCGAUCUCAGGAUCAGCUUGCGAAGCUUAGCAGCACUGUGUUCAUCUGUACUAUCAUGGGUAAUUUCAUGCCUUCAUUAGGAACUAUGGAAAACAAGGAGUUGUUAAUGAAUAUUAUGGCUCUGGGGAUUCUUGUUAUAACUGCCAUAGUGAAUAUCUGUAUUCAACUAGCUACUGGGGUAAUUUAUGUUUUCUGGAAAGAACAUAUUUUUGUGCUAUUUUUGAUGCUUGUUUUGCUGGCAAUCUUGUGUUCUUCGGCUCUAGCUGUUCCGAGUACUAAGAGUUAUUUACGGAUGAAAUAUAGUAGAAUACAUAGUGUUACUAGAAAUGAAUGUUUGCAGGAUAGGGAUCUACCAAUAGUUAAGAAGCUUAGAGAAGACCUGAGUAAAUGUUGGAUGAUGGCUCAUACUUGUGAUCCGCAGUUUGUGGGGGGGCGUUUAGCGACGUGCACAGCUUCUGGGGCGUUCUGCCUUCUAAGCGCUAUGACUUUAGCAGAAGCUGUGCUUCGAGCUCACCUGAUGCCCUGGUCGUUUAAGUUUUGUCGUGGUAAAUCUGAGUAUGAAUGGUCCACUACAUUAAUGUUAGUAACUCAAAUCAUAGCGGUGGGAGUAGGAACUAUUGCUCCAGCUGCUAGAUGGUUUACAGCCAUUAAAUUUAGGUGCCGAAAGAAAUUGAAGAUGGUUUGCAAGGCAGAUUUUGAAGUGGAAAAGUACUGGAUCCAGAAAUUGGUUGAGUGGAAAGAGCGUCCAUUAGGUUUGCAGAAAUUGGGGCGGAGAGGGAGAAGAUUUGUGCACAAUUUAAAGUAUCAAACUUUGGAUUUUUGUAUUGGUGUGCAGUCAGGGAUAGUAUUGAUUAGCAAAUUAGUCAGACUCAUCUCAAUCUUCUUUGUGGGUCAGUUAUUGAUAUUCUGGUACAGCUGCACAAGAUUAGAGAAGCUUCUCAGAACCCAGGAGAAUUCUUCAUGCAAUGAACCGGAGUCUGAGACACAGCGUAGAACAGAAAUGAAUAUCAGCCGUUAUGUUGUGCAUCUUCAAGGAGAGGAAGGCUUGGUGCAUCUGAUGAUAGCACAGGACUGUGAUGCAACGAAUCAUUGGUUCGAGAUGGGGGUAAAAAAGCAGCCAAAAUAUCUAAUACAAUUUCUGGAGAAGUCUCUGUAUUCCAAAGAGCUCAAGGGGGUGAAAGAGUUUGACAGCGACCAGGUUCCUUGUCUGGAUGCCGAGGACCCUCCCAAUUCGUGGGCUCUCCCAAUUGUAACUUUAACAGCAGUUGCAGCUUCAAUUCCUAAUAUUGGCCAUCAAGCAGUUAAAAAGUUGAAAUACAGUGUUCAUGAAGCCUUGAUGUACAUACGGGUGGUAGAAAACAACCUGGUGGAUCCUAAAAGAGACAUAAAAAAUUCCAGGGAAGCAGCAGAGAUUGUGUGGUCAGGUAUUGAUCUUCUUAACAAAUGGCUAGAUGUUGAUCUACGUGCAAUGGCUCGUGAAGGGAAACAUCAGAAGGACAUACUCGAAGAACUGUCAGAUAUAGCAAAGAACAAGUUCAAAGAAGUGAAGCGGACAGAAUUAAAUAAAUGUUUAAUGGAGGCUCCUUCCAAAUGGCCUGUCAAUGCAAUCGCUGCAAAUUCCAUGUACAGAAUAUGUCAAACAAUUCUGCAGGACUACCAAUUCAAGGCUGGAGGAAACGAUGAAAUACUGUUUGAGAAGCUGUCUGUUAUGAUCUCUGAUAUUAUCAGUGCUUGCCUUACUAACUUGAAAGAUGUGAUAACCAAACAUUGCAACUGCAGCUCAAUUGAGAAUAAAGAAGAAAAUGUACGACAUGAUGUUCUGCUACUUGGCCAAACAGAAAAAAUAGUGAAAAACCUUGAACUGAUACCUACCCCAGGGUUGACUCCAGAUGUAAGGGCUCACAUUGAUCGUUGGCGUAAUUUCAGCAAGUGUAAGAGCAUCCUUGACUACAGUUCUACUUGUACAGAUAUGAGCAGUGAUUCUUUUACUCUGUCUGACAUGCACAUAUCCAUCGAGUAGAAUCAAAUGCCUGCAGUUGGAAAACAAAGCUGAGUUGGAAAUUGGCUCUGUUUAAUCAAAGGUAUAAAGCUUUGGAUAGAACAAUCUGUUACAUAAGUUCUUAAUCAUAAGAACUACUGCUCAGUAUCAGUUGUUUAUCAAUGAGAAACAUAGGCCAAGUGCUGCUUGCCUUAGUCAGAUCAUAUUGUGCUAAGAUGAGAUCUGGUGACUACACCACAUACUCAUGAGAAUGAAAGAACUUAUCCAUGUAUAAUACCUAUAUGGCUAUAUAGAUCAUAAUUUGCCGAUGUAGGAGUGUGUGCAUUGUUGUGUAUAACAGCCGAUAUGUAUAUAUAUGAAAUUUUGUUGUUCAA